GGGCUCUGCCCCUUGCUUUUGGCUCUCUCUCUCUCUCUUUCUCAUUCUCUCUCGUGCUUUGAUCUCUGCUUAACAACAGUAACGUCACAGGGGCUAUACAGGAGAGUUUUGUUGGAAGUUAGAAAGUUUUGCAGCCUCCAGAGGGCUGUAGCGGCAGUAGCAGAAGCAGCAUCCAAGGGACUCCUGGAAGGGGAAGAGAGAGAGCGAGUGAGCGACUGACUCAGUCCUGCUGCAGAAAACUGACUCGAGGCGACGGAGGCAGACAUGGAACAUCAGCUGCUGUGCUGCGAGGUGGAGACCAUCCGACGAGCCUACCUAGAUGCCAACCUCCUCAAUGACAGGGUGCUGCAGACAAUGCUGAAGGCGGAGGAGACCUGCUCGCCCUCCGUCUCCUACUUCAAGUGCGUGCAGAAAGAAAUCUUGCCAUAUAUGAGGAAAAUAGUUGCCACUUGGAUGUUGGAGGUUUGCGAGGAGCAGAAGUGCGAAGAGGAAGUUUUCCCCUUGGCUAUGAAUUAUUUGGACAGAUUUUUGUCGUUUGAACCCCUCAAGAAAAGCCGAUUGCAAUUGCUGGGAGCUACCUGCAUGUUUGUGGCUUCAAAAAUGAAGGAAACUAUUCCUCUGACCGCAGAAAAACUGUGCAUUUAUACAGAUAACUCCAUUAGACCCGACGAAUUACUGCAAAUGGAGCUGCUUCUGGUGAAUAAGCUGAAAUGGAAUCUGGCUGCAAUGACCCCCCACGAUUUCAUUGAACAUUUCCUUACUAAAAUGCCUCUGGCAGAGGACACCAAGCAGAUCAUCCGUAAACAUGCUCAGACUUUUGUGGCUCUGUGCGCUACAGAUAUUAAAUUUAUUUCAAACCCACCUUCCAUGAUCGCAGCUGGCAGUGUGGUAGCAGCUGUGCAAGGCCUGCAUCUGGGGAACACUAACACUUUCCUCUCCUAUCAAUGCCUCACACAUUUCCUAUCACAAGUUAUCAAAUGUGAUCCGGAUUGUUUACGAGCCUGCCAAGAACAGAUUGAAUCCCUCCUUGAAUCCAGUCUACGUCAGGCACAGCAGCACAACGUAUCUUCAGAAACAAAGACUGUAGAGGAUGAAGCAGACCUUUCCUGCACACCUACUGACGUGCGAGAUGUGAACAUUUAAGAGGACUUCUUCUAAUGGGUUUGCUUGGCGAGAAAAGCAGACAAAGAAAGGGCAUCUGAGAAGGAAUCAGCAUCAGGAUCUCCCCCCCAGAAACCCUUUUCUCCAGGACAUUUUUAUAUCAGAAGGGAAAACCAGUCUUCUUAUAUUUUUUUCUUGCUCUGUCUCCCUUCCAUCUGUGACUUCAAACAAACAAAUAAACAAAAAAUACCCCAAAAACUGUCUUAAAAAAAGAAAAAAAUAGUAUUUGCAUUACCCCCAGGGGUUUGUGCUACAAAAAUAGAGGAUUUUAUACAAUAAUAAUCAACUAGUUUUUAUAUUAAAGUGUUCUUGUCUGUAUGUUGUAAAAAUAGGCAUUAACACACAAAAUGUCUCCAGGGGAGGUAUUAGAUUUGAUUUCUUACAUACAAAACAAACCAACCAACCAUUUUUAAAGUAGAAGAGGGUUUUGUUUUUUUGUUUUUUUUUUUUUUAGAUAGUAAAUGAAAUAUUCUGUUUUUUUCUU